UUACGUCACAGUCUCAUUGUAGUUGUCCAGCUCGACACAAAGCUAACAGCUAACAGCUCAGAAGAUCAAGGAGAAGCUAACAGAUCAUAGGAACCAGCUAACAGCUCAGAAGAUCAAGGAGAAGCUAACAGAUCAUAGGAACCAGCUAACAGCUAACAGAUGAGAAAAACAAGGAGAAGCUAACAGCUAACAGACGAUAUCGUCAGGCUGACGCUAACAUCAGUGUUUGUCUCCGUUAUCUCGGGUUAGCUCUCGUUAACCCGGGUGACCGGUUCCCCUCCUAGCUGUGUUACAAUGUCCCAGCUAACCGUCCAGUGUUAUUAAUGGUAGCCGCGUUAGCCGGACUCCAACUGCUAGUUUGUGGUCAAUUGAUUUGUAUAGAAGAAGCAGGCUAGCCAAAGAGCUAGCCUCUGUUUAUUUAAUCUAGCUAGCUGCUGGCUGUAGUAGUUAGCUAACCCGUUACUCAGUCCAGUUAAUUUAAGCUUCAGUCCGGGUUUUGAUCAUGUAUCGGAUUGUUUUGUCCAUCGAGCACGUUCCCAAAGCGAAAUGUUGUUGAAACAGUCCAGUACUUUUAGCUAGCAGAGCUAGCGUUAGCUGUUAGCCAGCAGGAAUCAGUUGUCUUUGUUUCCAUCGGCAGCUGAUGGUUUAUGAUGUGAGCGCAGGUCAGCGCUGUUAGCUUAGUUAGCUCGUAGAUGAUAGACAGGACAGUCAGUUCAAUGAUCUAGUGUUUGUGUGUUUAACCAGCGAACACUGGUCUGAGAGCAGCUUUAGUGACACUUCAGAGGAGUUUGAGGCUGACAUGCAACUGUAGGUUCACUGAUCAUCACCACGAUCCGACCCGACAUCAAGUGGAACCAUCGGAGGCAACAUGGCCCUCAGAUCAGCGGGGGUCGUCUACCUGCUCAUACUGUCAGGAUGCAUUGCUGCCUCUCAGAGGAGCGACAACGUCUAUGUAUCAGGAAUUUCCAAUGCCUGCAGCGACGUGGCCGAGCUCCUGCGGGCAUCCAGUGGCAUCAUCACCAGCCCUGGUUGGCCCUUCCAGUAUCCAGCCAGACUGAACUGUAGUUGGAACAUCAGAGCUCGACCUGGAGACACCAUCACCAUCAGUUUCCAGGACUUUGACCUGCAGGGUUCCCAUCGUUGCUCGUCGGACUGGAUGUCCAUCAGCAGCUAUAGGAGCCUGGAUGGACUGAGGGUUUGUGGUUCCUCACUGCCCCCACCCUACAUGUCAUCCCAGGACCAUGUCUGGAUCCACUUCCAUUCUGAUGACAGUCUGACAGGAAAAGGCUUCAGACUGUCCUACAUCACUGGUAAACCAGAGGCAUCCAGCUGUGAUGUGGACCAGUUCCACUGCUCUAACGGGAAGUGCAUCCCAGACUGGUGGCGCUGUAACUCCAUGGAUGAGUGUGGUGACAACUCAGACGAGGAGCUGUGUGUGGACUCGCCCUUCUCCUUCCAGCCCUGCAGCCUCAACCAGUUCCCUUGCCUGUCCCGCUACACUCGCAUCUACACCUGCCUGCCCCACAGUCUGCGCUGCGACGGCAGCAUUGACUGUCAGGACCUCGGUGAUGAGAUCGAUUGUGACGUUCCCACCUGUGGAGAAUGGUUGAGGAACUUCUACGGCUCCUUCAGUUCUCCAAACUACCCUGACUUUUAUCCUCCAGGGAGUAAUUGCACCUGGCUGAUCGACACCGGAGACCACAGGAAGGUCAUUCUGAGGUUCACAGACUUUAAACUCGAUGGAACAGGUUAUGGAGACUAUGUGAAAGUCUACGACGGUCUCGAGGAGAACCCUCGCCGUCUCCUCAGGGUGUUGACUGCCUUCGACUCCAGAGCGCCGGUGGCUGUGGUUUCAUCUUCCGGUCAGCUACGAGUUCACUUCUAUGCUGAUAAGAUUAACGCUGCCCGAGGGUUCAACGUCACGUACCAGGUGGACGGGUUCUGCCUGCCCUGGGAGGUUCCCUGUGGGGGGAACUGGGGCUGUUACACAGAGCAGCAGCGCUGCGAUGGCUACUGGCACUGUCCCAACGGUCGGGAUGAGCUGAACUGUUCUUCAUGUCAGGAGGACGAGUUCCCCUGUUCCAGAAACGGAGCAUGUUACCCUCGAUCAGACCGUUGCAACUACCAAAACCGCUGCCCCAACGGUUCUGAUGAAAAGAACUGCUUUUUCUGUCAGCCUGGGAACUUCCACUGCAAGAAUAACCGCUGCGUGUUUGAGUCGUGGGUUUGCGAUGCUCAGGACGACUGUGGAGACGGCAGUGACGAGGAGAGCUGUCCCGUCAUCGUUCCCACCAGAGUCAUCACGGCUGCCGUCAUCGGCAGCCUCAUCUGCGGCCUCCUCCUGGUCAUCGCCCUCGGCUGCACCUGCAAACUCUACUCACUUCGCAUGUUUGAACGCAGGUCUUUUGAGACUCAGUUGUCCAGAGUUGAGGCGGAGCUACUGAGGAGGGAAGCCCCACCCUCUUAUGGUCAGCUGAUUGCCCAGGGACUGAUCCCACCUGUGGAGGAUUUCCCAGUGUGCUCUGGGAGUCAGGCGUCUGUCCUUGAAAACCUUCGUCUGGCCGUCCGCUCUCAGCUUGGUUUCACCUCCCUCAGACUCCCUUCCUCCAGUCGUCAUAGCAAUCUCUGGCGCCGGCUCUUCACCUUCUCUCGCUCUCGGWGGUCAGGUUCUUUGGCUCUGGUCUCUGCUGACCUGGAGGACAGCGCAGGUACUGGUAGCACUGGGAGUUCUGGUUCAGACCUGCUGUCUCCGGACUCAGACGAUACAGACACAGAGGGUGAGCGAGGGAGGGAGAGAGGUGUGGGUGCGGUGGGCGGGCCUGUUGCCCCCCUUCCUCAGAAAACCCCCCCCUCCACUGCUGUUGAGGCAGUGGUAUCUGUGACAACGUCUGCGACGCCUAUGACCCCAAUACCGGGCAGAGAUAGGUGUCGUGACAGGCCCAGAGAAGCUCCGCCCCCUUCCAGCCCUGUCACAAUGGCAACCCCCAAUCCAGUUCCUGAAUGCCACAAUGAUACCUCAGAGAUACAGGCCCCGCCCACCUCUGCCCUACAGCGUCUGGCCCAGAACUUGCACCGUUUCGCUAGGAACCUGACCAGAAACAGUCAGAACCAGACCUGGACCAAUCACAGCCCACUUCGUCAGCUGGAGACAGGAAGACACGGGUCUGAAGCUCCUGAGCGACGUGGGAGCAGAGACGAGGAAGAAGAUGUGGAGCUUCUCAUCCCUGUGUCCGACUCUGACUCCUCAUCAUUGGUCAGCGAGGUCCAUCGACCGCUGCUGGAGCCACACCCCUCCUCCUCCUCCACAGGCCAUGCCCACCGCCAUCACCGAGGGCGGGAUGGCCCGUGUGAACACUGUGGGAUCGUCCACACAGCACAGAUCCCUGACGCCUGUCUGGAGGCCACAGGCAAGAUGGAGAGCAGUGACGACGAGCUGCUGCUGCUCUGCUAACAACCUGCGGGGGCUAACAUGCUAACUGACACAUAAAUACUACGAGUACUACCCAGACCCAUCAUCUAAAGUUAGCUUACAAGCUAACUGACAUGACUACUGCUAAUACAAACCUGUCCUUACACCUUCAGUAAGCUAACAUGCUAACAGAUUGGCGAACAGUAAAACUGACACAACACUUUAAAUUUUAGACGGCAAGCCAACAUGCUAACACUUCAGACUGGAUGACUACUAGCCAACACUUCAGACUGAGAAACCAGCCAUAAUCAUACCCCCAGCAUGUGUUAGCAUGUUAGUUGGACUAAAGGUGAGCGCUCAGCAGCCCUCCACUGAUAUGAACCAAUUAGAAACUGAGGGGAGUGAUGCCAUUAAUGGCAAUAACCCCACCCCUUUAUAUUCCCUUGUCCGUCCGUUAAAACACCCCACCCCCUUCCCAGCAGCUGGACGUCUCUAUGGUAUGGCUUACUCAAUAGACUUCCUGGUACGACUGUAAACUGAGUCCUGACAGAACAAACUGCUGGUUCCUGCUGAUGAGUCCAAGGAACCUCAUCUGCCUCUGAAAUGUGGAUGUGCAACAGUUUAAAUGGUCCUUCCUCCAUUUCCCCGCUGCGCUGUUUAAGAAAAUGAUGAGAGUAACGAGGAUCAUGUGACCAGUGGAGUUAGCCAAAUAAAAGCAGAGCAGUUAUAUAAAACGAAUGAAGUUCGAAGAACAUCGAGUUCCUUAAAGUUUGAUCGUCACAGAAUUUCAAGUCAAAAGUUCAAUCGUUCAUGUAGAAACCUGUCAACUGCACUGUAAUGU